UCUAAGGACACAGAGACCCAGUAGGGCUCCAGAGCCCACUCUAUGGACCACCUCACUAAACAGCCUCUCCUGGACUCCAUGCCCCAAGUCACCAGGCGUGGUGGGCCUGGCCUGGGUCUCUCUGCCCAGCUAACAGGGCCCUCUAUGCUCACCCCAGGUUGUGCCAUGGGCCACCUGCCCACCCCCAAGAAGAUGGCCAGCCCACGGACCUUCACCUUCCUCUGUGGUUUGCUGGCAGCCAAUCUGGUGGGAGCCACCCUCAGCCCUCCUGCGGUUCUCAGCCUCGGCCCAGAAGUCAUCGAACAAAGGCUGACACAGAAACUGAAGGAUCACGAUGCUGUCAACACCCUGCAGCAGCUGCCGCUGCUCAGUGCCAUAAAGAAGGAGUCGGUUGGGGGCAUAUUCAGCAGCCUGGUGAGGUCCGUCCUGAAGCAUAUCGUCCGGCUGAAAGUCACCUCAGCCAGUUUCCACCAGCUGCAGGUGCAACCCCUACAUGAUGGCCGGGAGCUGAUGAUCAAUGUUCCCCUGGACAUGGUAGCUGGAUUCAACACGCCCCUGGUCAAGACCACUGUGGAGCUGCACAUGGAGGUGGAGGCCCAAGCCAUCAUCCACGUGGAGACUAGCGAGAGAGACCACUCCCGCCUGGUCCUCAGCAACUGCUCCAACAGCCACGGGAGGCUGCGCAUCAGCCUGCUACAUAAGCGCUCCUUCCUGCUCAACUCCUUAGCUGACAAGGUCAUAAGCCUCCUGGUGCCAGCCCUGCCCAAACUGGUGAAAAGCGAGCUGUGCCCUGUGAUCGAGGCAGCCUUUGAGGACAUGCGUGAGGACCUCCUGAACCUGACGAAGGUGCCUGUUUCUCUCAACUCUGACCAUCUGGAGUUUGACUUUAUGUCUCCUGCCAUUGACCAUAAUGUUGUUCAUCUCAUCCUGGGGGCCAAGUUGGUGGACUCGGAAGGAAAGGUGACUAAGCUGUUCAAUGACAGUGUGGAUUCCCUGAAUCUGCCCUCCCUAUACCACAGCCCUUUCAGCCUCACCAUGAGGAAGGAUAUAGUGAAUGCUGCAGUAGCUGCCUUGCUCCCUCCAGAAGAACUCAUGGUCCUGUUGGACUAUGUGCUUCCUGAGACGGCCCGCAGGCUGAAGUCAAGCAUCAAGGUGAUCAGUGAAAAGGCAGCAAAUCAGCUGGGGCGCACACAAAUCGUGAAGAUCCUGACUCAGAAGACCCCAGAGCUCCUUGUGGACCAGGGCCAUGCCAAGGUGGCCCAACUGAUCAUGCUGGAAGUAUUUGCCACCAAUGAAGCCUACCGCCCCUUCUUCACCCUGGGCAUUGAAGCCAUCUCAGAAGCUCAGUUUUACACCAGAGGUGACCUACUUAUGCUCUACUUUAACAAAAUCAGCUCUGAUCAGAUUCACCUGAUGAACUCAGCCAUUGGCCUGUUCAAUCCUGAACUUCUGAAAGACUUCACCACCAAGAUCCUUGCCUCCAUCCUGCUGCCAAACGAGAACGGCAAAUUAAGAUCCGGGAUCUCAGUGUCAAUGGUGAAGGCCUUGGGAUUUGAGGCAGCUUCGUGGUCUCUGACAGAGGAUGCCCUUGUGGUCACCCCGGCCUCCUCGUAGAACCUCAGACCAUUUUCCUCUCUCCCAGUGAAGACUUGCACUGGAAGUGUGGAAGCCAGCUCUGUAGACUGGCCCUCUCUGCAAUAAAUAAACUUGUCUGUGACUCCUGCAGUCUGGAGUGUGUCUUUGUCCCAACUCAGAGGUCAUUUUGCCCCUGGCAGGCUUAGGGACUGGACAUCCAAGCCACAUCUAGGUCAUGUUCAGGCACAUCUGAGCCAAUCUGAGCCAUGUCCAAGACAUGUCUUGGUGAUAUCAAAACACACGUGGACAAGGUCCAAGGUUUUGGCCACCUCCCUGAGCGACAGGAAUAAAAAAGCCAGUUGCCCCCUCCUCCCUUCCACGUCAGCUUCUAGACCACCUAUGGUAGGACAACCUCUCUGGUGGGUACGCACGUUGUGUUGAUCUUGGUGAUGUGGUGGGUCGGGGGCUCACUGAACAGUGUGACUCUGGAGGCAGGAUUUGAGUUCUGGCCUGGACCCCUCAGUGGCUGCUUGACCCUAAAAUAUGGCUCCCCGUCUCUGGGCCUCUGCUUCCUUCUCUGUAAAAUGGGGAGAAUCUUAGUCCCCACCUUGGAGGGCUGUGGUGAGGAUGAAAUGAGAGAAAAUAGUUCCCAGCAUGUGGGAGGUGCUCAAACAAUGUCAUCUGUGGGUGAUGUCAUUGUCACUCUUGUUACCUGGACUCCGGGAUGUUGGGCCUUAUCACUGAAGUCCCUUCCCACUUAGACAGCAUGUGACUGUCAUUGUCUCCCUGGCCCUCCUGAUGCCAGCAGGUUCAGGACAGACAAUAAGGCCCCUGUCCUCCAGACUCUGGGUCCGUCCCAGCACACAGAGCUCACAUCCCAUGAGGGGCCUUGCAGGAAGGGACAGGCGGGUGUUUCAGGAAAAGACGCUACACAGCUUCACAGUAAAAACAUCCAUAAGAACACCUCGCAACGUGGAACGGCAGCCAGGAGGGAGUUUCUCCUACAGGACUCCUACAGGUUAGGCCGAGAGGGACAGGACAAGACCCUGCACGAGGUGCUUACACUGGGGUCAGUGAACACUCGCUGGGCAGUUGCUGAGUGCUGGGCCCUGUGCUGCAGCUCCCCACAUGCAUCCUCGACCCCCAGCCACGCUUUGUGGUCCACAUCCCACAUUCCAUUACUUUUCUAUAUCAUAUUAAACCUGGGUUUUGAGCCCCCACUCACAAGGGAGCUGAGACAGUCCAUCUCCAUCUUCUCUGGCUCCCUAGGGUCAUGUCACGUUCUAUUGUGAGAGUUUCCCAGGAGCCUGGAGGGUAGGGCAGGGCUUCCGGUCCUUGGUCCCAUCUGGUGCCGAUGAACGGAUCUCCGUCCCAGCCCACAGGAUCCUGUCAGAGGUGAGCAGCUUGGAGCCCUGGCCACACUGGGGCACUUCCCCAAAACAGCCAUGGCCAUGGCUCCUGGGUUCCGACCGCCCACAACCUCUUGGGCUUCCUGGAGGGUGGUGAAUAUAUAACCC